AUGGCAACUAACGACCUGAAAAUCGAAAAUACUGACAUCAAAACUGCACCGGGCGUCGAGUUGUCGUCCGAACAGAAGGUCAUCGUCGGUAGUAUUCUCGACCUCUUUGCCGGCAAGCCAUCCCUACCGAAGCUCCGCCUGUGGUCCGAUGAAGCCGUCUUCGAGGAUCCCAUCACCCAGGCACGUGGCAGGAAGCAAUAUGAGCCACAAUGGACUAACCUCUUCCUCUCCCUUCUCUCCCCGCUGCAGUACGGCCUCAAAGCCGCUUUCAGCGAGAUCGAGCGGCUGCAUCACGAAGUGACGUCGGCGGGCAACCCCAUCCUGAUGUCGCUGAAGACGCGCUACGUGGUCAAGGGCAUCCAGAAAGAGACGACCAUCAACUCGGUCGUCAGCAUCGCCACCGACAGCGCCGGCACCAUCACCAAGGUCGAGGACCGCUGGGACGGCAGCCUGCCCGACAGCAGCAUCGCCAAUGUGAGUACCGUCUGGCAGUUGGCCAGCCCCUUCUGGUGGGCCAACUACGCCUUCGCCUGGGCUUGGUGGACGGCCAGCUGGGCGUGGUGGUCGACACCGUGGUUGGCUUUCCGUCGACUCAACGCAGUCAGCGUCCCGAAAAUGGUCGGCGUUCCGAAGAACGACGAGGAGGACGCAAAGAUGGGAAACCAAUGA